AAAGUAUUUACCCGCUGAGUCAGUGUGAGGUGUGCUCGCGCUCGCCGUGCGUCACGAUUUACCUGCUCAGGUGAGGCUCGGGUUUACCAAACUAGUCGAGCCAGAGAAAGUACGAGCCAGCAGGCGGAGAGCAGUUCGCUGGUAAAUGGGGCGUACUCGCAGUAGCCUGGCCUGCAGGAAGGAAGGAAACAGGGGUUGCCUCUGAGACACAAGUCCACUCGCGCAAAGGAGUGAAAUCCACCCGGAACUACAGCCAUGUGAAACAAACGGAGCAGACUUUCCCGGACGACUUGCCAACUUUUUCUCUCGUCGCACCUGCUGCGUCUGCUACCUGUAGCAAUGUGAACAGGAAAAAAAUGGCGACACUGCAGCCAUACAGUCAUAAUGAACUUCUGGAAAUUGACAUUGCUGACGAUGCCCAUUAUUCCGAUGGAGAAAACGACGUUUUCGUUAAUUCUGCUGGAUCUCGCGGCGAAGUGCUAUCUGUCUUUCCUCAAUGGAUCCCAGCAGCGCCACCGUCGGGGUCUGUCAGCUCUAAAGCCAGCGAAUCCCAGUCCGGGACAACGUAUCCGUCAAACUCAUCUUUUGUACCUCCGGAGUGUGAUCGCUACAACUCCGAAAGCCUUGAAAAUGUUAAAAACACGAACCUGGCUAGGGCAUCCAUCGUCGACUAUCUCCUCAUUGAGCUGUAUGACACGUAUACACUCAGCAGCGCAAAAAGCGUGGAUAGUGUGGACAGUUCGACUGAAGCUUCUAGUUCGGACGCCUUUCUGGGCAGGAGCAACACAGAGUCCACGUUUGUGCAGGAGUUACAGGAAAGGCUGACCAAGAAACAUCAGAAACGUUAUUUACUUCAGAAAGACAUUGAUGAACUGAAGAGAAUUGUACAGGAAAUGAACUAUCGCAUUGGAGUUCAAUCUGCAAAGCUUAUUCGCCAACUGAAGAGGAAGGACCGGUUGUUGAAUAAAGUGCAGAAAAAUAGUGAUAUUGUAACAGCCUGUUUACAAGCAGUAUCACAGAAAAGAAGAGUGGAUACAAGGCUGAAGUUUACUCUAGAACCAUCUCUGGGUAAAAAUGGAUUUCAGCAGUGGUACGAUGCUCUUAAAGCUGUUGCAAGAUUGCCCACAGGGAUACCGAAGGAAUGGAGGCGAAGGGUUUGGCUGACAUUAGCAGAUCAGUAUCUUCAUAGCAUUUCUAUAGACUGGGACAAGACUAUGAGGUUUACCUUCAAUGAGAGGAGCAAUCCUGAUGAUGACUCAAUGGGUAUACAGAUAGUAAAGGAUCUCCACCGUACUGGAUAUAGUUCUUAUUGUGGACAAGAAGCUGAACAGGACAGAGUUGUGCUGAAACGGGUGCUUCUAGCAUAUGCCCGCUGGAAUAAAACUGUUGGCUACUGCCAAGGAUUUAAUGUCCUGGCUGCUCUUAUUCUUGAGGUUAUGGAAGGAAAUGAAGGUGAUGCACUAAAGGUUAUGAUAUAUUUGAUUGACAAAGUGCUUCCUGACAGCUACUUUGCCAACAACCUGAGGGCUCUGUCAGUCGAUAUGGCUGUUUUCCGAGACCUACUAAGUGUCAGGCUCCCCGAUCUCUCACAGCAUUUGGAUAAUCUGCAGCGGGCUGCCAAUAGAGACAGUGGAGGAAGUUAUGAGCCACCACUUACCAACGUCUUCACCAUGCAGUGGUUCCUGACCAUGUUUGCUACUUGUCUUCCCAAACACACUGUUCUAAAGAUCUGGGACUCCGUGUUCUUUGAAGGAUCUGAGGUGCUGCUACGGGUCGCCCUUGCUAUUUGGGCUAAACUUGGAGAGCGGAUUGAGACUUGUCAAAGUGCAGAUGAAUUCUACAGUACCAUGGGAAGCCUAACCCAAGAAAUGCUUGAAAACAACCUGAUUGACUGCAAUGAUCUUAUGCAGACAAUUUAUUCAAUGGCAGCAUUUCCAUUUCCACAGCUUGCAGAGCUGAGAGAGAAAUAUACUUACCACAUCACUCCAUUCCCUUCUUCAGUGAAGUCUUCCACAUCCAGAUUUUUCUCAGGAAAAUUAAAUAAAUCCAGAGACAGUGAUGAUGAGAUUGACAUGGAUGAUGAAGAUGCACUUGUCAGUACUGUUGGCUGUCUGGGACCAUUGAGUGGUCUACUGGCACCAGAGCUCCUGAGAUAUCAGAAGCACCUAAAAGACCAAGCAGAAGAAAACAGUGUGCGGAGCAGUAACAUUGCAGAGCUGAGUCCAGGCGCAAUUGACUCUAGUCGCAGUGAAUACCAGGCAACUUUCAAUAGCAUGAUGAUGGAGAGGAUGACCACAGAUAUCAACGCUCUCAAGAGGCAGUACUCUAGGAUUAAACUGAGACAGCAACAGCAGGCCAACCUUAUCUACAUUAAAGCAGAUAAAGGACCCAUCACAAGUCUUCUGCCUUCUCAGAUUCACCAGACCCCAGUUAUAAAUCAUCUGCUUUUGGGCAAAAAGAUUAAAUCAAAUCAGAGAGGCUCUAGGAAUACCAUUGUGCACAUGCCUGGCACCCAUGAAGACCUGAAGUCAAAACUGAAUUCUCCAUGGCGCACCCAUGUGAGGGUGCAUAGAAAAAAUCUGGCCCGGGCAAAAGGUCAGCUUGGCUAUGGAGAUACAAUAGGAUUAAUUCAAGAACAGGGAGAAAAAAGCCCAAAAGCAGACUUGAUUCAUAUUACAGAAAAAUUAGUAAUUAAGGAUGAGAAGGAAGAGGAAGAGGAGGAGGAGGAGGAGAAUGAGGUGGUGAAGGAAGAUGUGGAGGAGGAGAAGCCAGAGAAUUCUGGAGAAGAGGCUGAAAGCAAAUCACCAGAACAAGUUUACAAGGAUGUUAAUGCCAAUAUCACUGAGAUACAGUGUCAACUUGAAGCCCUAGAGCUGAAGCCCAAGGGACUGCCAAACACAGAGUCUACCAUGUCAAAGAGUGAGAGGAAGGUGUCGGACUCAUCAGGCUCUGAAAGCAACUCCUCUCUAAAGCUGUCCACAGCAGGCUCUGUAAAAGCUACAGCCUUCAGCCCUUUUCCUAGUGUCAAGCCCCCCAGGAAAUCAGCAGCAGCUCGUAACCUUGGACUUUAUGGGCCUACAUCUCGAACACCCAGUGUGCAGUUUCCACAGAUAAGCAAAAGUGUAAAUCGAUCAGGUAGUAGUGGAACCAAGAUACGGUGAUGCAACACGUUUUUUUUGUUGUUUUGAUUUUGGGAGAUAAUGUAGUUGUAUACGCUGUAUUAGUAUGCAGUAAAUCUAGAAGCUGACGGGAGAGCAGAUCUAAAGUAAGUGCUAACCUGGCUUAGGGUCUUUUGUGGAAUCACAGAUAGACAAGUACACCUAUGGUAGUAGAGAGUGGAGGUGUCUGGGAAGAUACUCUGAGCCUCAGCCGUAAACCGACAUUGUUUUGUAGCUGUCCCUCUAGUGGCAAUGGUGUGUACUGCAAGUGAAAGGCACACUAAGCAUUACAUGAUGUCACCAGGACUAUCAGGGUCUAAGAGCACAUGCAAAACUGGUCAUUUCUGAUAGAAGAAACUGAUUCUGACUUUCCCACUUGAUGAAUAUGUUGGUUAUGUAGCUGUUGCUUAAGGACAGUGGUGCUAAUGUUGCAUCUUAUUCACAAAAUUGCAAGUAUUCAUAAUUUACCUUUAACCUUUGCCAUAAUGUUGUACGUUGAGAGAAAAAAAAUAUUGCUAACUAUAUUUUAUAUUUAAGUCCAGAUAUUAGAUUGAAUAUUUGUCCCUGAGCAUCUCUUCUAGGAGAGUAUGUUUCCAGACUACAUUAAUUGUGUGUCUGGGUGAUGAUUAUACUAAGAUGGCCUGCAUGUAUUGUCAUUUGUUUUUUGGAAGAUCAAGAUAUUUGUGAGAAACCAUUUUUACACUUUUUAAAUUUAGAAUAAUAAAAAACAUGUCUUUUUUCUUAUCAGAUGAAAUGUACUCUGGCCAGUGUCUGAGCAGAUAUAGAUUUGGUGUUUAAGUCAACUAAAAAUAUCAAAUUACAGCCGUCCUAAAUUGUACAGAUUCUAAGUUCAUAAUAAUCUAUAAUUUAUGGUAUUCUUAACAGCAUUGCCAUAUUAUGAUGUAUACUAGUUUAUUUGUAAAUAACUUUCAAAAUGUUGCUGCUUUAGGAGCUAAUGAUUUAUGAUAUUGUAUACAUCUGCAAUACUUGUGAAUUAAAAAAGAUCAACUUGGAGGAAAAUUGGAAAAAUAUUCAGAGUAAUAUCCUUGAUACAAAAA